AUGGCAGAUCUGAUGGCGCGGCGGCAGCGGGAGAAGCAGGCCGCAUACGACGCGCAAUGGGACGGCGGCCGCGGCAGCCACCACCCAGAUUUCGACCCAACUGCCUCUGGCGAUGGCAUAGUCAAGGCUUCCAGGUCAACCGAAGAGCUCUACCUGUCCAUAGUGGAGGAUGACGUGGCGAGGGCCUACGAGAAGAUCGAUGAAGGUGCUGAUGUCAACUUCGUCUUUGGCGCGGCCUACAAGUGCCCCGAGGGCUACACACCUCUCAUGGUUGCGUGCCACAGGGGCAGGCUGGAGUGCGCCAAGGCGCUGCUGCGCGCCGGCGCGGACCCAAACUACGUCAACGGGGCAGGCGACCUGACGCUGUUCUGGGCCAUAGACGGGGGCCCGGCCAUGAUCCAGCUGCUGAUCAGGUUUGGGGUCGACCUGGACGCCGCCAGCCCAAAGGGCUGGACGGCGCUCAGCUACGCGCGUGCAAAGGGGAAGUACGGCCCCACAGAGGAGGCCGGCAUUUACCCUGAGGACGUCCUCGCUUACUACGGCGCCAUCAAGGUCGGCACCGGCCCGCCCAUCCUGGGCACCCGCUCCCCGCGCGCCUCGUUCGACCCCGAGGCGGCCGCGUUUGCGCGCGAGAGGGGCAGCUACCAGCGGGUGUUCGAGCACCCCUGA